AGCGCCAUGUCCGGCGGCGGCGGCGGCGGUGGGAGCAGCGGAGGCCUGGCCGGGGAGGGGGACGCCCGUCGCUGGCCCGGCUCGGCUCCUCCGGCGCCGCGCUCCCUUCCCGCCCGACCUCCCCGCUGGGCCGGCGCCGGGGCGAGUCUGGCCGGGGCGGCGGCGGCGCUGCUCCUCCUGCUCGGCGCCUCCGUCCACCAAGUGCAGGAGGGGCACCUGGCCGUCUAUUACAGGGGCGGGGCGCUGCUGGCCACCCUCAGCGGCCCUGGCUACCACCUCAUGCUGCCCUUCGUCACCACGCCCAGAGCCGUCCAGACAACGCUGCAAACAGACGAAGUGAAAAACGUGCCCUGCGGGACUAGUGGAGGAGUCAUGAUCUACAUUGAUCGGAUAGAGGUGGUGAACAUGUUGGCUCCACAUGCAGUUUAUGAUGUUGUGAAGAACUACACUGCAGAUUAUGACAAGACCCUCAUUUUCAACAAAGUCCAUCAUGAGCUCAACCAGUUCUGCAGUGCCCACACCCUCCAGGAAGUCUACAUUGAGCUCUUUGAUCAAAUAGAUGAAAAUCUGAAGUUGGCCCUGCAGCAGGAUCUGAAUGCCAUGGCUCCAGGUCUCACCAUCCAGGCAGUGCGUGUGACGAAGCCCAAGAUCCCAGAAGCCAUCCGAAGAGAUUUUGAACUUGUGGAAGCAGAGAAGACGAAGCUCCUGAUAGCGACCCAGAAGCAGAGAGUGGUGGAGAAGGAGGCCGAGACGGAGAGGAAAAGGGCCCUCAUAGAAGCAGAGAAGGCGGCUCAGGUGGCAAAGAUUCAUUGCCAGCAGAGGGUCAUGGAGACUUUGAUGGAGAAGCAAAUUUCUGAGCUUGAAGACACGGCUUUCGUGGCGCGAGAGAAGGCGAAGGCCAACGCCAACUUCUACAUGGCCCAGAGAGCAGCUGCCUCGAACAAGCUGAAACUGACACCUGCCUUCCUGGAGCUGAUGAGGUACCAGGCCGUGGCCUCCAACAGCAAGCUCUACUUUGGCAGCAGCCUCCCCCCGAACCUCUUUCUGGGCUCUUACACCUUUGAGCCGGCAGAGGCGAGGACUGCUAGAGACAGCCGCAUCCUCUCCAAAGCAGGAAAGCUGCGCCUCCAGCACGGGGGAGGCGGGGCCAGCUCUGCCACGGCAGCUGCCACUUGAUGCCUCUGCUGCACCAGCUGUUGUGUCUGCUCCGUGGUCUGAAACUGCAACUCACCGGCCGCCUCAGAUCUGCCUUAUUCAGGGCAGCACAAACCGUCCUUGGAAGUUGCGUGGUCCUCCACAGCCCAAGGGUCAGCUUUCAUGGAAGUUUUAUGGCUGCUGCAUCUGCCCCACGGAGGAGGGGUGUGUGUGGGUUGCUCUGGAGGACCUCAGCCGUUAAGUCCAUGGAGGGUAGACUCUACCGCAGACCUCCUGUGAGGACAACUUUGACACAGCA